AAAAGGAAUUUUUAUGUACAUAUUUUUUUUAUUACUCUACUUUGGAAAAGUCCCGAUGAGCAGUCGUUUGUCAAAUCUGGCUUGAAAAAGUUUUGUUUUUUUUUAAACAUGAAGGAUUUUCUGUAGAUGAGCAGUAUGCAGGUGUUAAUGUGGUAACCAUGGCAAUGAAAAUAAACAGGAAGGGAUCUGAUUGGGCGCUGGAGGGCUGGGAUCCAAACAUACACCGCCUCAGCUACAAAUGCACCACCCUCAUCAAGGGCGACUAUGUCUGGUUGGACCUGAAGACUGGUCGGGAGUUUGAGGUGCCAAUCGGCGCAGUGGUCAAACUCUGUGACUCCGGACAGAUCCAAGUGGUGGACGAUGAAGGAAAUGAGCACUGGAUCUCCCCCCAAAAUGCCACCAACAUCAAGCCAAUGCAUCCCACCUCCAUCCACGGGGUGGAAGACAUGAUUCGCUUGGGAGACCUCAAUGAAGCUGGUAUCCUCCGUAACCUGCUCAUCAGAUACAGAGAAAAACUCAUAUAUACGUACACAGGCUCCAUCCUUGUGGCUGUCAAUCCUUACCAGCUGCUGCCCAUCUACACGGCUGACCAGAUCCGCCUCUACACCAACAAGAAGAUCGGUGAAAUGCCACCUCAUAUAUUUGCCAUUGCUGACAACUGUUACUUCAACAUGCAGAGGAACAACCGCGACCAGUGCUGUAUCAUCAGUGGUGAAUCUGGAGCAGGAAAAACAGAAAGCACCAAACUGAUCCUUCAGUUUCUGGCGGCCAUCAGUGGUCAACACUCCUGGAUAGAGCAGCAGGUCCUGGAGGCAAACCCUAUACUAGAAGCCUUUGGAAACGCCAAAACGAUCCGCAAUGACAACUCAUCUCGUUUUGGGAAAUACAUUGACAUCCAUUUCAACAAGCGAGGAGCCAUAGAAGGAGCCAAGAUAGAGCAGUACCUGCUGGAGAAAUCCCGAGUCUGUCGACAGGCCUACGAUGAGAGAAACUACCACAUCUUCUACUGUAUGCUGAAGGGAAUGACUGUCGAUGAGAAGAAGAAACUGGGGCUGAGCAAAGCCACGGACUACACCUACCUGACCAUCGGUAACUGUACCGUUUGUGAUGGCCGAAACGAUAUGAAGGACUACUCCAACAUCCGCUCUGCAAUGAAGGUGCUGAUGUUCACUGACAAGGAGAACUGGGAGAUUUCUAAGCUGCUGGCUGCUAUACUGCACAUGGGAAACCUGAGAUACGAGGCACGCACCUAUGACAACCUUGAUGCCUGUGAGGUGGUGCGGAGCCCUCAUCUCACUACUUCUGCCACACUAUUAGAGGUGGACGUUAAGGAUCUGAUGAACUGUCUGACCAGCCGAACACUCAUCACCAGAGGAGAGACGGUCUCCACCCCUCUCAGCAUGGAACAAGCUCUGGAUGUACGGGACGCUUUUGUUAAGGGUAUUUACGGUCGCUUGUUUGUGUGGAUCGUGGAAAAGAUCAAUGCAGCCAUUUAUAAGCCUCCGUCAUCUCAGCCCAAAGCGCUCAGACGCUCCAUCGGACUCCUGGACAUCUUUGGCUUUGAAAACUUCACAGUAAACAGCUUCGAGCAGCUGUGCAUAAACUUUGCCAACGAGAACCUGCAGCAGUUCUUCGUGCGUCAUGUGUUCAAGCUGGAGCAGGAGGAGUACAACCUGGAGAACAUCAACUGGCAGCACAUUGAGUUCACAGACAACCAGGACGCUCUGGACAUGAUCGCCAUCAAACCCAUGAACAUCAUCUCACUCAUCGACGAGGAGAGCAAAUUUCCGAAGGGCACAGACACCACCAUGCUCAACAAGCUGAACUUUCAGCAUAAACUCAACACAAACUACAUCCCUCCAAAGAACAACUAUGAGACUCAGUUUGGCAUCCAACACUUUGCUGGAGUGGUUUACUAUGAAACAAGAGGUUUCCUGGAGAAGAACAGGGACACUUUGUAUGGCGACAUCAUUCAGCUGGUUCACUCCUCCAAAAACAAGUUCAUCAAACAAAUCUUCCAGGCUGACGUAGCUAUGGGAGCAGAAACCAGGAAGCGUUCGCCCACCCUGAGCAGCCAGUUUAAAAGAUCUCUGGAGCUGCUGAUGAGAACUCUGAGCGUCUGUCAGCCGUUCUUCGUCCGCUGCAUCAAACCCAAUGAAUACAAGAAGCCGAUGGAGGACCUGAGAGGAACCUGUGAGAGGAUCGCUGAGGCCGUGCUCGGCAGAGACGACGACUGGCAGAUGGGAAAAACCAAGAUCUUCCUCAAGGAUCAUCACGACAUGCUGCUGGAGAUCGAGAGAGACAAGGCCAUCACAGACAAGGUCAUCCUCAUCCAGAAGGUGGUUCGGGGUUUCAAGGACAGAUCCAACUUCCUAAAGUUGAAGAAGUCGGCAGUGCUGAUCCAGAAGACGUGGAGAGGAUAUCAGUGCAGGAAGAACUAUGGAGCUAUGCGAGCUGGCUUUUCUCGUCUUCAAGCUCUGGUUCGUUCCAGGAAGUUGUGCGCAUCGUAUCACGUGGCCCGUCAGCGAAUCACAGCCUUCCAGGGUCGCUGUCGCGGCUUCUUGGUGCGUCGAGCAUUCAGGCACCGGCUGUGGGCCGUCAUCACCAUCCAGGCCUACACGAGAGGAAUGAUCGCUCGACGACUGUACAAGAGGCUGAAGGCAGAGUACCGGAGGAGGCUGGAGGCCGAGAAGAUGCGUCUGGCUGAAGAAGCCAAACUGAGGAACCAGAUGUCUGCAAAGAGAGCGAAAGCUGAGGCUGAACGCAAACACCAGGAGCGUCUGGCUCAGCUCGCCAAAGAGGACGCUGAGCGGGAGAAGAAGGAGAAGGAGGAGGCUCGGAGGAAGAAGGAGAUGGUCGAGCAGAUGGAGAAGGCCCGCACGGAGCCUGUCAAUGACUCCGACAUGGUGGACAAGAUGUUCGGCUUCCUGGGGACCACCAGUUCUUUCCCGGGUCAGGAAGGGCAAGCCCCCGCUGGCUUUGAGGAUCUGGAGCGGACCCAUCACGAGCUGGAGGAGGAGGAUCUGGAUGAGGCUCUUCCUCUGCCUGAGGACGAUGAUGAAGAGGAUUUAUCAGAGUACAAGUUCGCCAAGUUUGCUGCCACCUACUUCCAGGGCACCACCACGCACACCUACGCCCGACGACCUCUCAAACAGCCGCUGCUCUUCCACGACGAUGAGGGGGACCAGCUGGCUGCUCUGGCGGUGUGGAUCACGGUGCUGAGGUUCAUGGGCGAUCUCCCGGAGCCAAAGUACCACACGGCCAUCAGCGACGGCAGCGAGAAGAUCCCAGUCAUGACCAAAAUCUACGAGACGCUGGGGAAAAAGACGUACAAGCGAGAGCUGCAGGCGCUGCAAGGGGAGGGAGAGACGCCUCACUCUGACAGCCACAAGAAGAACAGCGUCCGACACAAACUUGUGUCCCUCACCCUGAAGAAGAAAUCCAAGAUCACCGAGGAGGUCACCAAGCGCCUUAACGACGGUGAGUACGGUGUUCAUGGCAACAGCAUGCUGGAAGAUCGUCCCACAUCCAACCUGGAGAAACUUCACUUUAUCAUCGGCAACGGGAUCCUGAGGCCAGGACUCAGGGAUGAGAUCUACUGUCAGAUCUGUAAGCAGCUGAGUCAGAACCCGUCUAAGAGUUCUCACGCUCGCGGCUGGAUCCUCAUCUCUUUGUGUGUCGGCUGCUUCGCUCCAUCAGACAAAUUUGUGAAGUAUCUGAGGAACUUCAUCAGCUGCGGGCCUCCAGGCUACGCUCCAUACUGUGAAGAACGUCUAAGACGAACUUUUGUGAAUGGGACGCGAACGCAGCCUCCGUCCUGGCUGGAGCUGCAGGCCACCAAAUCAAAGAAGCCCAUCAUGUUGCCGGUGACGUUCAUGGAUGGCACGACCAAAACGCUGCUGACAGACUCGGCCACCACAGCAAAGGAGCUCUGCAGCGCCCUGUCUGACAAGAUCAACCUGCGAGACCGCUUUGGCUUCUCGCUGUACAUCGCGUUGUUUGACAAGGUCUCCUCUUUAGGCAGCGGGAGCGACCAUGUGAUGGACGCAGUGUCGCAGUGCGAGCAGUACGCCAAAGAGCAGGGAGCUCAGGAGAGGAACGCCCCCUGGCGGCUGUUCUUCAGGAAAGAAAUCUUUACGCCGUGGCACGAGCCGACAGAAGACCAGGUCGCCACCAACCUGAUCUACCAGCAAACAGUCAGGGGCGCCAAGUUUGGAGAAUACCGCUGUGACAGGGAUGACCUCGCAGAGCUGGCCUCUCAGCAGUAUUACAUUGACUACGGUUCAGAGAUCCUCCUGGAGCGCCUGCUGAGCCUCAUCCCGUCUUACAUCCCGGACAGAGAGAUCACCACCUCCAGAUCGGUGGAGAAGUGGGCUCACUUCAUCAUGGCUGCUCAUAAAAAGAGCAUCUACACCCAGAAGAGAUUUGACCCUCAGAAGGUGAAGGAGGAAGUGGUCGACUUUGCUCGCCACAAGUGGCCUCUGCUGUUCUCUCGUUUCUACGAAGCCUUCAAGUUUUCAGGUCCCAGUCUGCCUAAAAAUGACCUCAUCGUCGCCGUCAACUGGACGGGAGUUUAUUUUGUAGAUGAGCAGGAACAGGUCCUCUUAGAGCUCUCCUUCCCAGAAAUCACUGCAGUUUCCAGCAGCAGGGGAGGAAAGCUGCAGGGUCAGAGUUUCACUUUAGCGACCAUCAAAGGAGACGAGUACACCUUCACCUCCAACAACGCAGAGGACAUACGGGACCUGGUGGUGACCUUCCUGGAGGGUCUGAGGAAGAGGUCAAAGUUUGUGGUCGCUCUGCAGGACAACCCCAACCCCACUGGAGAGGAGUCGACGUUCCUGAGCUUCCGGAAAGGAGACCUGAUCCUGUUGGACCAGGAGACCGGCGAGCAGGUCCUCAACUCUGGCUGGGCACACGGUGUUAACGAACGAACCAAUCAGAAGGGAGACUUCCCAGUGGACUGCGUCUACGUCCUGCCCACCAUGACCCGACCUCAGCAGGACAUAGUGGCGCUGGUCACCAUGACGCCCGAGCAGCGCCAGGAGUCGGUUCGUGUUUCGCAGGUCGUCAUGGUGGAAACUGAUGACAGAACGAAACCCUACACGCUGGAGGAGUUCUCCUACGACUACUUCAGGCCUCCUCCCAAACACACCCUGAGCCGGGUGAUGGUCACGAAGAAUCGCGGGAAAGACAAGCUGUGGAGCUGCACCCGAGAGCCGCUGAAACAGCCGCUGCUGAAGAAGGUCGUCAGCCACGAGGAGCUGGCUCAGGACGCCUGCAUGUCUUUUAUAGCUAUCAUGAAGUACAUGGGCGACUACCCGUCCAAACGAACUCGCUCGGUGAACGAGCUGACGGACCAGAUCUUUGAAGGGGCGCUGAAGGCCGAACCACUGAAGGAUGAGAUCUACUGUCAGAUCAUCAAACAGCUCACAGACAAUCACGUCAAGUACAGUGAGGAGAAAGGCUGGGAGCUGCUGUGGUUGUGCACUGGGUUGUUUCCUCCCAGUAACGUGCUGUUGCCGCACAUCCAGCGCUACCUCCAGUCCAAGAAGCACCACCCGCUGUCUGGAGACUGCAUGCAGAGGGUGCACAAAGCGCUACGAAAUGGUUCCAGGAAGUACCCUCCUCAUUUGGUGGAAGUGGAGGCCAUCCAACAUAAAACGACCCAAAUCUUCCAUAAAGUCUACUUCCCCGACGACACAGACGAGGCCUUCGAGGUGGAGUCGAGCACCAAGGCGAAGGAUUUCUGUCAGAACAUUUCCACCAGACUGCUGCUCAAAUCUCCCGAAGGCUUCAGCCUCUUCGUCAAGAUCUCGGACAAGGUGAUCAGUGUACCUGAGGGAGAUUUCUUCUUUGACUUCGUCAGACAUUUAACGGACUGGAUCAAGAAAUCUCGGCCGGCUAAAGACGGAAUCGUACCCUCUCUGACCUAUCAGGUGUUCUUCAUGAAGAAGCUGUGGACUAACACGGUUCCAGGGAAGGACUCCUUCGCUGACUCCAUCUUCCACUACUACCAGGAGCUGCCUAAAUACUUGCGUGGCUACCACAAAUGUUCACGAGAGGAGGUUUUCCAGCUCGCAGCGCUUAUCUAUCGCGUCAAGUUCGAAGAUGACAAAUCCCAUUUCCCCACAAUUCCCAAGAUGCUUCGGGAGCUGGUUCCCCAGGACCUCAUCCGCCAGAUGUCACCAGAUGACUGGAAGAGGUCUGUUGUUGCAUACUUCAACAAGCAGGCCGGGAAAUCGAGGGAAGAGGCCAAACUGAUGUUUCUGAAGGUCCUCUACAAAUGGCCGACCUUUGGCUCCGCCUUCUUUGAGGUUAAGCAAACCACAGAGCCCAACUACCCGGAGAUCCUGCUGAUCGCCAUCAACAAGCAUGGAGUCAGUCUCAUUGACCCCAAGUCAAAGGACAUCCUGACCACUCACCCCUUCACCAAGAUCUCCAACUGGAGCAGCGGGAACACCUAUUUCCACAUCACCAUCGGCAACCUGGUCAGAGGAAGCAAACUGCUGUGUGAGACCUCACUGGGCUACAAGAUGGAUGACCUGCUGACCUCCUACAUCAGCCAAAUGUUGACCACCAUGAACAAGCACCGGUCAGGGCGGGGCCACAGCAAGUGAACUUCUUACUGGCAGGAGGCCACUGAGCUCAUCCGCCUCUUACGUCCUAUUGGCCAGCACUGCAGCUGGGGGCGGACUUUUACCAGCCACCUUUGGAGGAUGAGCCGCAGUCCUUCUGCUAGCUCAGAAGGGUCAAAGUUCACCUGGGAGAGUUCGAAUGCUAGCGGCAGCAGCGACCCCGGCGAAGGCCCCAGCAACAAUUACCACUACAGCUAUGAUGAAGACGAGCCGUCCAGUGAGGAUGACUACCUCUGAACUGUCCUUUCUGACUGCGUCACCUUAAGAAGACGCUGUUAUCGUCAGGUCUGAGCCUUAAGUACACACUGCAGUGACCCUGAACAUGACCCUGUAUUAGCACUUUAUGCUAACCUGACUUCUAAUUGAGCAUUUUUACAUAUUAGCAUAGCAACACGCUAAUGCGCCAGACUGCUGUAAGGGGAUAUUUGACUGUUAACAGGGUUUGUGCAGGUUUUAGAGAGCAUUAAUAAAGCCUCUUACUUUUGCCUGAUGUUUACGAUAUCACGUGUUUCAGAUGUCACACCUGUGGGGACCCCCUGCCUCCUUAUAAGCUCAUCAAAUCCAUCCAUUAAAGUUCACUUGUACAUGUUUAGGUCAAACUAAUGUCAAACUUUACAUGUUUUAAUACAUACACAGAUAAUAAAUUAUUUUAGGCCAUUUCUUGCUGAUUCCUUUUGUUUCUUCAGCACUUUCACAAAUAAUUUGAUGAACUCUGCAGACAUCUAAAUUACCCCAGAAGGAGUUAAAAUGCACAAACAUUCAGCUGAGACAUGAGGCUGAAGAGUCAGAACUCAUCAAACUGAGGCUGAUUUUAAAAAGUAGCUCAGAGUGUAGAAAAAGAUUAUCUGAGAUCACAAAAACCAUCCAGCCUGAGAGCGUAAAAACAGCGUAGUCUUUUAAAGACGUAUAUUUUCUCAUCUCUCACUGAGUAAAUGUUUGUUCUUUGAAUUACUCGAUCCGUCCAUCUUAUCCAGAUGACUAAAUAGCAGUAGUUUCAUAUUGCAGCAUUAACAGGAACUUACAUUUCAGUAAAUUUAACAUCAAUGAUUUUCAAACUGAUAUUAAACUGUAUAUAAAUUUUUAAUAAAAGGGCUAAAAAGGUCUUAAAUUUAGCUGGUAACUCUGUAAAUACCCUGAAACACACAUUUGUCAUCCGUUAGUUUCAUGUGUGUAAAUUAGAGCCUUACAGCAGAUUUAGUGAUUUUUGUUUUUUGAGCAUCUUGAAAUACUCAAAG